CAACACCAGACAAAACAGCUGUUUUUAUGUUUCGUGUGGCUAUCCGUAAUUGAAAAUAAAUAAACUUCUCUGGACUAUAAAUUCCAUAGCAAGUCUUUUGCGGCAUUCAUUCGCGACAUUACUUGGUUAUAAAUGCAUUUACAAGCACAAAAGCGCAUAAAGAAUCAAAAUAUAAGGAAAAGAAUCGAGUUGAAAUAUUGAAUACUGAAGCGCUCCAAAAAUGUCUAUCGUAUUACGUCGGAAACAUGUCCUUAAAGAAAUGAUGGAAGAUGAUUUUGAAUCACCCACAAAGGAUCAACAAAUUGUACGUAUACUUGGCAGUCGUGGUAAUAAUUUGCACGAAGUUGAAACUGCCACCGCUGAAAGAUUCCUUGUAUCAAUGCCAAAUAAAUUCCGCAGGAAUAUUUGGGUUAAACGCGGUAAUUAUGUGGUGGUCGAGAACAUUGAAGAAGGUGUUAAAGUGAGGGGGGAAAUAUGUAAGAUCCUCACACCGGAGCAUGUUAAGGAAUACACCAAAGCUGGAGUGUGGCCAAAAGAGUUUGGCAACGAUCACGAACAGAUUGACAUGGAUAGCGAUGAGAACGGUGAUGAUCUCUUGAUGAGAAAUCCGAACAGACCAACCCAUGAAGAUGAUGAAGAUGGCAGUUGUACAGAUGAAGAUGAUGAUGAUAGUAGUACUGAUGAUGAUGGUGAUGAUGAUAGUUGUGCAGAUCAAGAUGAUGAUGAUAGUUCAGAAAAAUCGUGCGAUGAGGAAAAGAAAGAAGUAAUUCAACAUUGAGAAAAAUUAUUAUUUGAACUUGCUGUUGCAUUACCGCAUUUAAGUGACCUAUCAAAAAUUCAUUUCAUUUGGAGCAACAAAUUUAUGUAUGCAUUUAUAAAUAUUGUUGUUAAUUUUCCAGCGAAUAAACACUCAAUAUUAUUUAACCCACUUUAA